AUGGGCGAUGGAGUGUCCGAGGAGAGAAGCCCUCUGUGUGGCAAAUCAGCCACAUCUUGUUCAGAACGAGUCAGAGACAGGGGAACAAGGGCUGAUCUGGAGUGCUCCUUGCGAGGCCACAGUCUUAAGGACAUUCCUGUGACCUCCACCUCCAGUCCCGGCUCAUCCAAGGAAGAGGUUCUGGACAGCCAGUCCCCAGGAGAAGCUGAUUACUGUCGACGGAUCCUGGUCAGAGAUGCCAAAGGGACAAUCAGGGAGAUUGUUCUCCCAAAGGGCCUGGAUCUUGAUCGACCCAAACGUACCAGAACAUCCUUCACAGCUGAACAGCUUUACCGCCUGGAGCUGGAAUUCCAGAGGUGCCAAUAUGUUGUUGGCAGAGAGAGGACAGAGCUGGCAAGGCAACUCAAUCUGUCAGAAACCCAGGUCAAAGUUUGGUUUCAGAACAGAAGAACGAAACAGAAAAAAGAUCAGAGUAGGGACUCUGAGAAACGUUCUUCUUCCACUUCCGAAUCCUUUGCUACUUGCAAUAUUUUGCGAUUGUUGGAACAAGGCAGACUUUUGUCAGUCCCAGCACCACCGAAUAUGAUCUCUAGUCAAAACAACAUGGGCACUUCAUCGGGAAAUGGAACCAGCCUGGGGACAUCGGGAAGCACUUCACCAGUCAUCAGUACUACACCUCCUGGAGCAGGAGCUUUCAGCUUACAAGUUCCAUCAUUAGCAGCCUCAUCUUCUCCAAGGUUACCGACCCCUUUUUAUUUUCCUGGUCCUCUAUUGGGAGGUCUGCAUGAAAUACCCUCAGGGUAUGGACUGGGAAGCUCUGCUUUUGAGCCUUACACUCGCCUGGAUAGGAAAGACACUGCUUCAGGCAAGAAGUCAACUUCUUAA